AUGGUGGAACUGGAGUCGCAGGACGCGGCGACGAUGAAUGUGGCCUCCGCGAAGCACGUCACGGCCACCGUGGCGCUGCGUGUCGGGGCCGCCGUCGCGUCGCUGGCCGCCGCCGUCCUCGUCGUCACCAACCGGCAGGAGCGCUGGGGGGUGGAGGUCAACUUCACCAUGUUCGACGUCUGGGUGGCAUUCGUGGCGACCAACUUCUUCUGCACAGCAUACUCGCUGCUGACGGCCAUCUUCGUCAAGAAGCUCAUCGGCAAGCGCUGGCUGCACACCGUGGACCAGCUGGUGGUGAACCUACAGACGGCGGCAACGGCGGGCGCAGGGGCCAUCGGGUCGGUGGCUAUGUGGGGGAACAAGACCAGCGGGUGGUACGCGGUGUGCCGCCUCUACCGGAGGUACUGCGACGUCGGCGCGGUCGCGCUCGCGCUCUCCUUUGCCGCCUUCCUCUCUCUCGGCAGUGCCUGCGCACUCUCCCGUUACCCCAGGGCGCCGGCCAGGCACUGACCAAUCACUUAGGAGCAAUAGCAGCACCUUGAUAUGUUCAAGUUCU